AGUAUCGCUACCGCCGCUAUAUAAAAUAGUUCCAUUUUAAAGACUGUCUCUCUCCAUGACAUAAAUAUCCAAAUAGCUGUAUAGCUCCAGACAGUUGUAUUAUGUCUGUCAUGACUUUAAUAUAUAUGUUAUAGUAAAAACAGCAUUUACACUUUACUUCAGAUAAUAACGUCUACGUACCGCGGAUGGAUAUCUAGAGCAAAAAAAAAAAAAAACAUCCGUAGUAUUAAAACCCGCGGGAGCAGCUGUUAGUAAUAUUGCAGUAGCCUAAGUGAGAAUCGGUAUAGAGGUACACUCACCCAAGUUAGAGCUCGUGCCGCUUGAAAUGCAGCCUAACGUUUGAAACCGGUGCAGUCAACUCCCACUUUGGAAUAUUACUUUCACUUGGCAACAGCAAGACUUCUGCAUUUAGCUGAUUUACCGAAAUCCUCCAAAUUUCCUUGACGUCUUUAAAUUGAUUCUGGCAGACAUGCCACAAAGUCCGAACAUGGCGAGCAGGAAUUAUGACUAUGACUACGACUCCUAUCAGCCCUACUUUUACUACGAUAACGAGGAUGAGGACUUCUACUAUCAGCAGCAUGGUCAAACGCAACCCCCUGCUCCAAGCGAGGAUAUAUGGAAGAAAUUUGAGUUAUUACCGACACCGCCACUCUCGCCUAGCCGGCGACCAUCUCUUGGGAGUCUCUAUCCCUCAACAGCAGAUCAGUUGGAGAUAGUGACUGAGUUUCUUGGGGACGAAACUAUGGUCAACCAUAGUUUGAUUUGCGACGAGGACUACUCAAAGUCUAUUAUUAUCCGAGACUGCAUGUGGAGUGGUUUUUCAGCGGCAGCUAAACUAGAAAAAGUCGUUUCUGAGCGUCUGGCUUCAUUUCAAGCCGCAAGAAAAGAAGCAGUUGUUCCGACUGAAUCUACGGGGGACGGUUCAACUCGACUGAAGUCCAACGCUUGCUACUUGCAGGACAUCAAUACCCCAGCGACGGAAUGUAUUGACCCAUCUGUCGUGUUUCCCUACCCACUGACGGAAACCCCCAAACCCAGCAAAACAUCACAGCCUUUGGCAGUAGGCCUACCUCUGGAUACUCCACCCAACAGUGGAAGUAGCAGCAGCAGCAGCGACAGUGAUUCGGACGACGAUGACGACGACGACGAUGAUGAUGAUGAGGAAGAGGAUGAGGAAGAAAUCGACGUUGUGACGGUGGAAAAGAGGAAAUCUGUGAGGCGGUCGGAUUCCAAUUCUUCAGAUGCUGCUUGCAGAUCGCAUCACAGUCCUCUAGUUCUUAAACGCUGUCACGUCAACGUUCACCAACAUAAUUACGCGGCACACCCAUCUACCCGAAACGAGCAGCCCGCGGUCAAGCGGAUUAAGUUCGAGAGCAAUGGCAGCAGGGUGCUUAAACAAAUCAGCAACAAUCGAAAAUGCACGAGUCCCCGGACGUCUGACUCGGAGGAUAACGACAAGCGCAGGACUCAUAACGUGCUUGAGCGACAGCGACGGAAUGAGCUCAAGCGCAGUUUUUUUGCGUUGCGCGACGAAAUCCCAGACGUGGCCAAUAACGAGAAGGCCGCCAAAGUAGUCAUACUCAAAAAAGCGACGGAGUGCAUCUACAGAAUGCAGACAGAGGAGCAAAAACUAAUUUCUGUAAAAGAACAGUUAAGGAGAAAAUGUGAACAGCUGAAUCAGAGGCUCGAGCUACUAAAGAGUUCGUAGUAAUGAACAAAAGAUGAGGGACUUGACCUCCUCUGGACUUCUGCUGCGUGAUGCGGUUGCGCUCAAGACUGUUCCUCGAGAGCACUGACCACUCAUAACAUUGAAGCAAUCUGAUCUUUUUUGUAUACAGUUUCACUGCCUCAUUUAAACACGGGCUACUGGAAGUUAUCACUUCGGUUUAUUUUGUAUUUAAUUUUAUUUUUAGUAUCCAAUGGCAAGCAGAUUUGCUACUGCCCUAAAUUAAUAUUGUGUUUUUGUAAGAUUUGUACAUAUUUGCUCAGAUGUUGUAUUGAUUCUGAAUCAUAAAUGCCUUUGUUUAUAAAGCCUGUUUGACUUAUUCUUGCCUUGGUCUUUGCUAAUAUUAUGAGGUUGCCAAUCUAGAUUGUCAUUUUAAGAAAUCUUAACCACUUUCUAACAUGACUCCACACAUGGAAGCCAGUUUAAAAAGUCUUAAAAGUGCUUCUGGUGUGCUUUCCUGACUGAUAAUAUGAACAAUGCAUGUUGUGCUGAUGGAACAUCCUAUGCACCUGACCACGCCCCAUAAAAAAUGGUGCAUCAAUUGUGUACCAUACAGUAGAUGCAACUGACUUUAGGGACUGUUAAAUGUCUGUCCCUUGGCCCCUUCCAUUAGAAAUACAGCAUAUCAGAUAUGUACAGUCCAUUCUAGAUUCCACCGGGUAUACCUACAGUGCACUCACACCAAUAGACCUCGUCUUCAACUUGGAUAGUGCUUUUAUCAUUUUACAGGACUUGAAGUGUCCAUGGGACAGGGCAGACAGAUAACUGGCUUUAGUUCUACCCACCAAACCACAUUUUGAAGCUUUACGUUUGUGAAAAUGGGUAAAGAUUAUAUUGAACACAAUGUGUGACAAGUUACCAGUCAGCACACUUUAAAUCAAUCAAUAAUGCUGAAUGACCUCACAAGUGACCUACACCUACAUUCAUUUCACCCGUUCCUACUUUGAACCCCUUUCAGAAACUUUUAUAGUUAUUCAAUUACUUUCUUUAAUUGUUGCAUUUAUAUAAGUCCUUCAUAUAAGCAAUUAUAUAACGUUCUGCUUGCAUAAGAAGCAGAUUGAUGAGAUUAUAUAGGUCUAGAUGGUGUAGAACAUGGGUUACUGAAGGCAAUGUCAGUAUCCCUGACUCAUGCAAAAGCAUUACAAAUCCACUAAGUCUGUUACAGGAAUUCUUUUGACACACGGUGAAACCUAGCCCUGAACAGGUGCAGACAACGUGAAGCCUAGCCUAGACGUCACAUUGUACAAAAAGUUAUUCCACACUUUAGUAAGAUACGCCUAUCAACACAUAUAUCAGGGGCGCAUUCGGUUUCACUACAGCGGAAGAAGCGAGGACGAUCAAAGAAUAGAGCAUUCCCUCAAUAUCCGCAGUGUUGCAUAUUCCGCUCAGGGCUGAGUGAAGCAUGUCUCCCAGAAUAACCGACUGACACCCGUCUGCCACUUAACAUUACUGCCCGAUGCAGAUCUCAGUUAUGAAGUGCCCUCACCAGUGUCAAGUGAAGCCAGUGAUGGCUGGUCAGGUGCUGCUGAUACGAGAAGCAAAGGGCGGAGAGGAUGAGCUAGAGAGAGGAGGAGAAGAGGAGGAGGAGGAGAAGAGUGUUGCAGUCCUAGUGGUACAAGGAUGGAUGAUCUAGAGGAAGAGCGACAGAGUGAAGAGAGAGUGCAGGUCCUGCAAUCCAUGAGAGUUCACAUGCGACAUGGCCCCUCGCAAACCGAAAAUGGCAGUUUCAGAGACUGAAGGAUGGGAUGGCAGAGGAGGGAUCAAGCCGACCGAGUGAAUGAUGAUGAUGAUUGCCUAGAGGAUGACCAAGAGGAACCUGAAACCGGGUGCAGCGGGCCAGCUAACCCUCCCAACCCCCCCGAUACGGGGAUUAACUCUCCUUGGGUGACUGAGAGAGACGAGGAGCCCAAGAAGUGGCUCAGGGCGACACUCCCUUCGGCCAACAACAGGUCAGAGCUGCCAGUCAUUGUUUUAAAUGGCUCGACAUAGUUGCCUCACCAACGCCUGGACUCAUUGGCACCAAGACACCUGGACAUUACGGCCCUAGAGCACAGCGAGUAAAAGGAUAAAAUGUCUUUUUAAUACCCUGGCAAUUGUUGUAAUCAAAUGCUUAUAAUCACAGGGAUUGAGGUUAAUUCUCAAACAUAUGGUUUCCAACAGAGCCUUUUAAAACCAACAAUGUAAUCAUUGCCCCGAGGUGAACAAAUGCUUGCCCAUAUGUGUGUAAUGAUUAAAAAUGAGCACAGAAAUGAAAUUGCUUUCGUUAAA